AAUAUGUUUUGUUUUGAUUCAAUUUACUUCUUACACACUGAUAAGCUUGUCUAUAUUUUUUUAAGAUGAAAAUGUUGAUAGAAACUUUUGUUGAAUGAAAAAUAUUUGGUUGAAUAUCUUGAAAAUCAAUCAUGCCACGGUUUCAGAAUGAAAGAACUAUUCAGAGACGACUUUGGAAGAGUAUGAUUUUUAUGACAAUAAUAGUAUGCUCAAUAUUUCUGUACUCCAGUUUCAUAUAUCAAGGUAGAAAUAAGCUUUCAAAUGAAGCCUACAGCCAAACAGUUUCUAGCGUGUUGGCGCAAAGUCAGUGUCCCGAAAAAUGUUUGACUAAAGAAUGUAUUCAAAAUGCAAACUAUUUUCUUGGAUCCAUUAAUCCAGAUGUAAAUCCAUGUGACAAUUUUUAUUCCUUUGCUUGUGGGAGUUACAUUCAGAAAGUUGGAAAAUCAGAAAACCACUCUGUUAUUUCUGAUAUGAAACUGUCGAUGAAAAAUACUAUUGCAGAUAUGUUACAGAAUGUGAAUGGUUCUGCAAAUAGUUCCGCGGAGAAGAUGAAAACAGUGUUCGAAUCCUGCAUGAGUUUCACUGCAUCUGAAAUCAAUGCAAUGCAAACGAUAUCGGAGUUUUUGAAUCGUCUUGGGCUAGGAGAUUGGCCUCAUUUACCUGACGAUUUCUAUUUCAACUCGCCAACAUUAGAAGAAACGUUGGCUAUUUUGGAAGCACAUGACGAAUACGCUUUCCUCAUUUUUCAAGCGCAAAGAAAAUCGGAAAGUCCUGAUUCUCUCAGUUUAUUGCACGUCAGUGUUAAAGGUAACAGCGAAAGUAAUAGCUCAUAUAUUGAUGGUUAUGAAGAUAUUGUCAAGAAAACAUUGCGUUACCAUAAAAUGAAUGAAAAUAAAAUCAGUGAAGAAUGGGAAAGCUUCAAAACCAUUGAGAAGGAUAUUUAUGAUGCCUCGCUAGCGAAUAAAUUGUUCUUCGAUGUCUACGGUGUUGAAAAUAAAAAUGCAAGUACGACUGAAAGUGCAGUGAAUGAUACUACAGCUUCUCAAAUUGCUGUAAAUAAAGUUAAGGAGGCUGAAAAAAACCUUACAGAUUACGGACGCAAUUACGAGCCUAAACUGUGGGGGUGUGCAGAGACAGAAAGCGAUAACGUCACAUUUAUUUGCAACAUUUUAAAAUUCUUUAUAACUCAUACUGGAUUAGAAAAUGAGUUUACAAAAAAGUUCGUGUUAGUUCAAGAAGCAGACGAAGUUUUUGGACUUUAUUCGAUCUUAAAGAAUUAUACACAUAGAUCUAUAGCGAACUUCUUAGCUCUACGAUUCUUCAUUAGACACAUGAAGGAAAUGAACGUAUAUUUCCGUUCGAUGAAAUAUCAUGUUAUUAAAGAUGGUAGCCUAGGUUACAGCCAUUUUUUUGCCCGUCAUCCUCAAAAUAAGAGAGAACAUUGCGCAUCCUGGAUGGCUGUAGCCAUGUCCGAACCAUUGGCCUUGCUAUAUAUUUCGGACAUCAUGCCUCUUGAAGUAAGAGAAGACAUAAAUGAUAUGUUUAAAAACUUCCUAAUUAAAGCAGGAAAUUAUACUGUAGAGCAAGAAUGGAUUGAUAAUUCAACAAAACGAGCAUUUCAUGAACUGCAUAAAAUACUUGACAAAAUGGAGAUACACAACACUGCUCUUAUAUAA